AUGGGGGUAGCCUCAAACCUGCCUUCCGUCCGUAACCUCUUCAGCCGCGGCAACACCACGUCAGCCAUCGUCGCACCGCCGGCCGUGUCCGGGUCACACGUCGUCAAGAUCGACGGCUACUCCCGCACAAAGGGGCUCGGCAACGGCGUAUUAAUCAAGUCCGAGACGUUCGAGGUCGGAGGCCAUGGCUGGUGUCUAUGGUACUACCCCGACGGUCAGGCCUCAGAUAGCGCCGAUUAUAUAUCUAUUUAUCUGGGUCUCCACCACAGCAACGCCAACAAAGUCAGAGCAGAAUUCAUGUUGAGUUUGCUUGACCAAGAUAGCCAACCAGUGCCAUCGCACAGCAGAUGCAGCAGCCAGAUACGCAUCUUCUCCAACAAAGAAACUGCUGCAUGGGGCUUCCAUCAGUUCAUCGAACGGAAAGUCUUGGAGAAAUCACUUUGCCUAAGAGAUGAUGUUUUCAGAAUCAGGUGCGAGGUCACCGUGAUGAAGGAGAUUGUCACUGAGCCUAUCCCCCCGCCUUUGGUCGUGCCACCAUCCAACAUGCACCACCAUCUUGGCCAGCUACUCUUGGCCGGCGAGGCCACUGAUGUUACUUUGGAGGUCGGUGCCAAGACAUUCCCUGCACACAGGUGCAUUCUUGCGGCCCGGUCUUCAGUCUUCAAGGCGGAGCUUCUUGGUCCGAUGAAGGAGAACAUCGCAUCCCAUGUACAGAUCGAUGACAUGGAUGUCAAUGUGUUCAAGGUUCUUCUACACUUCAUCUACACCGACUCCCUGCCCGAGCUGGACGAGGACGACACCGCAGCCAUGUGUCAGCAUCUGCUUGUAGCGGCAGACAGGUACAACUUGGAGAGACUAAAGCUCAUCUGCGAGGAGAAGCUGUGCAACAACAUAUGCAAGAGAACGGCUGCGACUACAUUGACGCUGGCUGAGCAGCAUGGGUGCGACGCCCUCAAGAAGGAGUGCUUCAAGUUCCUCACUUCUCCAGGCAACUUGAAGGCAGUCAUGGCAUCUGACGGCUAUCAGCACCUGAGAAGCAGCUGCCCCUCUGUUAUAGAGGAGCUGCUUGCCAAGCUUGCUCCCUGA